GCCCGGGCCGGCACCGGCACCGGUACGGCACAGCGCGGCUGGGCUCGGCUCUGCUGCUGCUGGAACCGGUGCUGCCUGCGGCCGGGGGCCGGCCCGCCGCCCUCUCCUUGCCCUCUUCUCUCCCCUCCGCCGCCCCCGGGCCAAUAAAAUGAUGCAAAGCUCAGCGCUCGCUGCCGAAGGGGCUGUCAAGGGGCUGCCGGAGAUCCUCGGGGUGCCGGUACAACAAAUCCCGCAGUGCGCCGGCUGCAGCCAACACAUCCUGGACAAAUUCAUCCUCAAGGUGCUGGACCGCCACUGGCACAGCUCGUGCCUCAAGUGCGCCGACUGCCAGAUGCAGCUGGCCGAGCGCUGCUUCGCCCGUGCCGGCAGCGUCUAUUGCAAGGAAGACUUCUUCAAGCGCUUCGGGACCAAAUGCACGGCGUGCCAGCAGGGCAUCCCCCCCACGCAGGUGGUGCGCAAAGCUCAGGACUUCGUCUACCACCUGCACUGCUUCGCCUGCAUCAUCUGCAGCAGGCAGCUGGCCACCGGAGACGAGUUCUACCUGAUGGAGGAUGGGAGGUUGGUGUGCAAGGAGGACUAUGAAACCGCCAAGCAGAACGAUGACUCCGAGGCGGGGGCUAAGCGGCCCCGCACCACCAUCACGGCCAAGCAGCUGGAGACACUGAAGAAUGCCUACAAGAACUCACCCAAGCCUGCCCGGCACGUGAGGGAGCAGCUCUCCUCUGAGACGGGGCUGGACAUGAGGGUGGUGCAGGUGUGGUUCCAGAACCGUCGGGCCAAGGAGAAGAGGCUGAAGAAGGACGCGGGACGGCACCGCUGGGGCCAGUUCUACAAGAGCGUCAAGCGGAGCCGCGGGGCCGGCAAGCUGGAGAAGGAGAGCUCAGCUGAGGACUGCGGGGUCAGCGACAGCGAGCUCAGCUUCCGCGACGACCAGAUCCUCUCCGAGCUCGGCCACACCAACCGGGUUUACAGCAGCGUUGGCGACGUGGCAGGAGGACAGUUGCUGAACGGUGGCUUCGCCAUGGAUGGGACGGGGCAGCCGUACCAGGACUUGCGGGACGGCAGCCCCUACGGGCUCCCUCAGUCGCCGUCGUCCAUCUCGUCGCUGCCGUCCCACCCGCCCUUGCUGAACGGGUUGGACUACGCCAUGGACAGCAGCAUGGGGCUGGGGGCGCAGGGGGUGAGUCAGACGCUGCGCGCCAUGGCCGGGGGGGGCCCCACCUCCGACAUCUCCACGGGGAGCAGCGUCGGGUACCCAGACUUUCCCACCAGCCCGGCCUCCUGGCUGGACGACAUGGAUCACCCCCCUUUCUAAGCGCCGUUCGCCCCCCGCCCCGGCUCCCUGCGUGCUCUCCCCAGCCCGCAAGCGCAGCGCCGGAGAUGCGAGAUGGUGCCAGGAUUUCCCGUGGGAAGAGGAGCCGGAGGGAUCCGUGGGGGCUCGGCGCCCAUCCUCGGCGCAUCGGCGAUAUCCGGGGUUCGGGAUGGGGCGGGUGCCUUUGGGUGUAAGCACAAGGGAGGUGCGGGCGCACAGCACGGCGAGGAUGUCGGGGUCACCCCGCCUCGUCCCUCCUGGUCGGCGGAGAGCCACGUGCGCAGGAGAGGAGGACAAUCAGGGAUGGCAAAGCCUUUAUGGCAGAAGGGUUCGUUUCAGAGCGUUUCUCCCGGCCCAGGGGCCGUGCUGGCUGCUGGCUGCGGCGCUGGGCGGGUGGGAGCGGGGCUGUCGCGCUGCGGCUGCAGGGCCGUGAUUUAUCCCCGGGCGUGCAGGAGUGCUUACGGUGCAGCGCUGCACCUCGCUGGCUGGAGGGGAGGGAAUUGCAGCAGGAAGAAAAGCCUCGAGGCUGAGAGACCGAGGGCACGGCCGAGCUGGGGCUGGAACGCGAGGAAAGAUGGUGGGGAGCAUAGGGUGAGCCUCUGCUGCAGGAUAGUGCAAAAACAUUCCCCAAAAUGGUGGGGAAAAAGAGGUCCGUGCUCGGGGAUGUGCGUGAACGGUGGCGUUCGGUGACAUCAGGCUGUGCUGGCUGCUGCCCGAGGCCGAAAGCAAAGGGAGUUACAAAUAAACGUGAAAUCAAGUGAGGUGCAUUGGUGCUGCAGGACUGCCCAGCUGCACCUGUGUGCCCCCAGCCGUGCCCCCCCCCGGGUGCUGCUCUGUGCCAAGCCCCCAGCCCCCGCGUGGCACAGGGAGGGGAGACGGGGGGGUCUGUCCUUGCAGCAGUCCCUGCUUGCUCACCAUCCCCAUCCGAUGCAGCCAAACGUCCUCCCCUCCCCUUGUAAAUGUUGUACAGUUCCAGAAAGUGAGUCUUGUUUGCUGGGAAGAAGGGGGGGGAAGGGGGGGGGGGGAGGAAAAAAAGAAAACAAUAAAAAAAAUUUAAAGACUAAAAUCUUAUUUAUUGCCACGUCUUUGGGGAGACACGACCCCCCCACAGCCUGUCUGUGGGAUGCUGCUUUGUACCCUGCCUCCUGUGCCAUGGCAUGAGCUGUGUACGGUCCCUGCCGCGUCGAGGGCACACAAUGUCAAUAAAUUCGGGUCUCAUCCGCAGCUGCUGUCUCCGGGCUCU